AUGCUAACCGUUUCCGAAUAUCCUGUGGAUUAUAGUGUCCUUGGAGUUUUUGGUAUCGUGCCAGACUUUGUUAUGGUAUUCGUGCUGCUUCAUGCGCUAUCGUCAUCAACGACGUGUUCAGCGAUGAAUGACGUGAAUAUGACGGAGACGUUCAACGUCGAUCAAAUUCAAUCGAUCGACGUUUUUCGAAGCCGUACACAACUUGAUGAGGCGCAAGCAAUUUCCUUUCUGAGAGAAUGCGAUUGGGAUCUGGCGGUUGCGUUGAAAAACUUCGAGUUGGAAGGUGCACGAGAGGAAAUGGAAUCAAUGACGCCAUCAACGUCACAUGAUAGAGUUUCUGGAAUAAGCGAAUGGGGCUCACGAAAACUGCCAACGCCGGGAUAUGCGUUUUGCCUUCCGGACUUGGAAAGACUUGCACCGGAUUUUCGGAAUUUUCUCGAAAAAGACCUUAUUGAGACGCCGACGCAAAGAAGAUUGGAGGCGUCAAAACAUCUUAAUUGGUGGCAUCAGUAUGGUCAAAAAUUAUACCCGCUUUCAACCACGGGAGAUGGUAACUGUCUUCUUCAUGCUGCUUCCUUAGGAAUGUGGGGACUACAUGAUCGUCAGCUAACCUUACGUGAAGCGCUCUAUGAAAUGUUGAAAAGAGGCUCAAGACGCAGCGCGCUGUGGCGCCGCUGGAAAUGGGCUGAACAUCAUGCGAAUCAGGCUAGCGGACUCAGCCUUACACUUUCGGAUGAAGAAUGGAUGCAAGAAUGGAAUGGUAUUGUAGCAUUAGCGUCACCUGUACCUAGAAGAACAGAUGAUUCGAGUUCCGACUCAACAGAUCAAAUUUAUGAAAGUCUAGAAGCGAUUCACGUUUUUGCACUAGCUCACGUGCUUAAAAGACCGAUCAUAGUAGUGUCAGAUACAGUGCUCCGCAAUGCAAAAGGAGAAGAACUAUCACCUGUUUCGUUCGGUGGGAUUUACUUGCCACUAGAGUGCCCAUCGGAACAGUGCCAUAGGUCACCACUAGUGUUGUGCUAUGACUCGGCGCAUUUCUCACCGUUAGUUCCGAUGAGACAUGACUCAUCGCAAAUGCAAAUCAUUCCCAUAACAGAUUUCAACCGAAAUCUACUUCCAGUACAUUUUGCAAUAGAUCCGGGACCAGAUUUUAGUUGGUGGAGUGACGAUGAUGACGCGUCGAUGGCGGCCAGACUAGCGAUGACCGACGGCGAUAAGCUAGCGCUGCUGAGCGAAUACAUGGAUUUGGUAAAGAUGGACGUGAGAAGGGGAAGUGUGAAGAAAACUCGUCCGAUACGUACAACACAGACGACCACAGCGAUGGACAAAAGUAUGACACUUGCUAGUAGUGGAGUAGCAGGUGGUACACAGGAGAAAAAACGAAUAAUCAAUGAGAUCACGCAACAGUUCCUUCGUACAUUUCGUCUUUCCAAUGGGAAAAAUAAAGAGAAUGGCAUCGAUGCUCGUACCUGCGCUGCUGAUCUAUCGCGUUCGAGUUGUCUUAUAGCAUCACGUUUGGUGUCUUCAUCUCACGAAUAUAUGGAAGAAAUGGUUCGAGAGUAUAUGAGAAGCGCUAGAGAAAGGUUUUUAAGUUCGAAACAGCCGCAGAGCGGUAGAAAACGUAUUAGCCGAUCGUUUAGUGCGUCAUCGCUAAUGAUCACCUGCAUCAAUCAAUAUUGUGGAAAGCCAGCACUUCAAACCAACAAUUUCUUGUGUCGAGAAUGUUUUGAACAUCAAAAAGAGCAGAUGACGUCGUUUAAUUGUGAAAAUCCACAUUUACUGAAGAGAAUCCCGGCGGCGGUGGUGACUACAACGGCGAAAAGUACCACAAUGCCGGCAAUUGCCACUCCAACUAGAUGUACCACGCGCGACGCUUUGCGUACGACAGGACAGAACACACCGAGACCAGCACCGGUGCUUGGAGUAACUAAAGAAGGGAUGAGUACAAUGACAAAUAUUUCAACAAUCGAAGGCGAGAAUGGUGUCACACAUUAUUAUGUGUCCGGUGAAGAUCCACCAGUACAUCUAUCACCAUCGCACACCUCAUGUGCUGCCUCGCAAACGAUGUCACCGGUUCGCGUCACUGCCACACUGUCGCAACUCGCCUCGUAG